UUGGUAAUUGGUAAAUUUUCUGGGGUAAAAUGCUCCUUCGAAAUUGCUAUGAUUAUAUAGUGAACAAUUCGCCGCUUUGGCUGAAUUUUGUUUGUGCGAGUGCCCUCAGUGGGAUGGCAGUAUAUUGUAUAAUGCGUCGAAAAUGCUCCCGAACGCUCUCAGAUUCUAAUGAAUGUGUGAUUUCAAAUGCUAUGUUGCAAUCUACCGAUGAUCCACGUGUCAUAAUUCCACGAAUAUGUGUCGAGUUUCAUCGCAAAGGAUGGAUGAGUGGGUCAGGAGGAGCAAUAAGUAUCAAAUCAGGUAACGAAAUAUUUGUAUCUCCUUCGGGCAUUCUAAAAGAACAAGUCACGCCUGAAUUGCUUUUUCUUUGCAACAUUGAUGGAGACAAAAUAAGUGGACCUUCAGCAAGAUUUAAUCUGACUGAAAGCUCUUGCACCCCAAUGUUCUUGAAUGCUUACCGGAAAAGAGCUGCUGGCGCUGUUUUUCACAUUCAUACAUUAAAUGCAGUUAUGGUUACUGCGUUGUGUCAUGGAAAUGAAUUUAGAAUUUCUCACCAACAAAUGAUCAAGGCGAUUGUAAACUGUAGAACUGGAAGAAAUUACCGUUACGAUGAAGAGCUUGUCAUACCAAUCGUUGAGAAUGAAAAUGAAGAAAUCGAAAUAAAGGACUCGAUAGUUAGAGCCAUGGAAUUGUACCCUGAAACAUCGGCAGUGCUGGUCAGAAAUCACGGAAUAUAUCUUUGGGCAAAGAACUGGAGAAAAGCAAAAAUAAUGUGCGAGGCCUACGAUUAUAUAUUUGAAGUGGUUGUCAAAAUGAAGGUUGUUGGACUGGAUCCUUUUAACAAUUUGCAGAAAUAGGAGAAUUUUUCUGGAUAUCUACUUGGAUCCAAGACUUUUUGUCAAAACAAGGCAUACCCGUCGCAUGAUUACUGAGGGCCUGUUUACAUGGAGCCGAGUUACCCGGCUGAGCGAGUUACUCGCUCAACCGGGUUUGACAAAGUGAUCUGUUUAUAUGGCACCGGGUAACUCGGCUAGUACUUCCGUUCAUUUGUCUUAAAUGAAGUUUGACUAUGCUAACUUCGAGUAAAGGCGCGAGAUUUUAAAAAGCCUCGCAGUUUUGCAGCAACAGUGGAAUGGGUGAAUAUAAAAUUGAAAAUUAUGAUAUGUGUAUGUUUUUGUAUAAUAAUGCUGCAAGUACAAGGCUUAGUACGCAUGCGUACCAACAGAGCCCGUUUUCUCGCCUCGCCGUUUGUAUGGAAAAUUCAUCUCGCCUAGCCGGGUAACUCGCUUACACAAACCGAGUUCCCGGCAAGGCGAGUUACUCGGAUGUGUCAUAUAAACGAUUCACCCGGAAAUGCAUUCAUUGUAAGUAAUUGCAUUCAUUGUAAGAGGCACCGAGUAACUCGCUCAGCCGGGUAACUCGGCUCCAUAUAAACAGGCCCUAAGAUUGAUGGUCUCGAUACACCAAAGGCAUUUGUCACUUUACGAUAUCUACCCUCGUCCGACAAGUAAUAGAGUGUUAUUACAAGUUGCUUUUCAACCGAUAGAAGUACACGCAUAUUAUUCACUUUUUUCUCGAGAAACAGCUUUAGUAAUUUGCCUAAUUUGGUAAAAGCCAUUUUUGACAUUCAUAAAAUUAGUCCACCAUUCGGAGCUCCUUCCUGGUCUCACCCAGAAUCUUCGCUUUUUUCUUUUUCGCUUUCCUCUUUCAAUGGUGUGAAAAAGCAAACUGAAUUUUGUUGCUUUCAUGCCCAAAAUGGCUGCCACAGUUGUCAAUCAUUGCCUUCGUUCACGCUCUGUUUCUAAUGGCAUUACAACCAUUUCAAACUACAACUACUGAUAUUUUGGCUUCAAAAUUUAACUUUGUAGUUAUGUAUAUAAAUUUGUUACUUCACUUGCUCGAACAUUUGUGUCAAUUUUAUGUUUCAUCCAAUCAAAUUACAACUAAGAAUAAAGCCCAAUGUAACUGUAUCAUAAUUUUGUAUGAACUCCAAACAAAGAUUUUUGUUUAAAAACGA